AACCUUGUUUCCAUUUGUUCCAGAAUGCCAUCGUGAGUGAGCCAUGGACAAGCCGACGUUGCACAUGCUGUCCGUCCAAGAGAAGGGCGGACAGACGAAGAAAGCUCCGCAGUACAUUGCCGCUGUUGCAGCGGCCAUCGGCGCGGUGAUCGCCGGCACCAUCCUCGCCUGGACCUCCCCAGCGCUACCACAGCUCCAACCCCCCAACCCCAACAGCACCAAGCUCCCCAACACCACCAUCAUCAAUGGCGUCAUCUACCCCGUGGUCGUAUCAGAGCUGCCGUUCAUCUACAUCAACAGAACCACCAAUCAGACUGUGAUGGUCAACUCCUUAUUCCAGCCUGCGGAUUUGCUGUUGGAAACGGCUCAAAGUUCCCUAGUAUCCUCGAUCCUGGCCAUCGGCGCAGCCAUCUCCGCGUUGCCAGUAGGCGUGCUAGCCGAGAAGGUUGGAAGACGACCCACCAUCCUGAUACUAUCUGUACCGUUCCUGCUCAACUGGCUGCUGACUAUCUUCGCUAAUGGUGCUGGUAUGCUGAUCGCUGCUAGGUUCUUCGCUGGUUUGGCCACUGGUGGCAUUUGCGUAGCCGCGCCCAUGUACAUCGGUGAGAUCGCCGAGACGUCCAUCAGAGGCGCUCUUGGGGCCUUCUUCCAACUCUUCUUGACCGUUGGAAUACUGUUCACCUUCGUCGUCGGCGGCUGGACGCAUUGGAGAACUCUCUCCAUAAUUUCUGCUGUGCUGCCUCCUCUACUCGUGGCUGUGUUUUGGUGGAUGCCAGAAACUCCUCAAUACCUGCUGAAGAAGAACAGGCGACGGGAUGCAGAGCGCGCGCUGCAGUGGCUGCGAGGACCCAACGCCGAUCUGACUGCCGAGCUUGAGGAUAUGCAGAAAGACGUGGACCAAGCCUCCCGUCAGCGCGCCGGCAUGCUCACCAUGGUCACCAACCGCACCUCCCGCAUGGCGCUCAUCUGCUCUCUCGGCCUCAUGUUCUUCCAGCAGUUCAGCGGCAUCAACGCCGUCAUCUUCUACACUAACCAGAUCUUCACCGCCGCCGGCUCCAACAUCGACCCCGUCAUCGCGACCAUCAUCGUUGGCGUCGUCCAAACUAUAGCCACUUACGUCAGCUCAUUGCUUAUCGAGAAGGCUGGCAGAAGGAUCUUGCUCCUCCAAAGCUGCGUUAUCAUGGGACUUUGCUUGAUCAUUUUAGGUAUCUUCUUCAAGUUACAGCAGGAUAAAUAUGAUGUUACUGCUUUUGGAUGGAUCCCGCUGCUCUGUCUUGUUUUAUUCAUUGUCUCUUUCUCAUUAGGCUUCGGUCCAAUUCCUUGGAUGAUGAUGGCCGAAUUGUUUGCUGUUGAAUUCAGAGGCACCGCUUCUGGUAUUGCCGUCAUUUUCAACUGGUGUUUGGUGUUUAUUGUGACUCUCUGCUUCCCGAUUAUGAUGGAGAUCAUUGGCAUCUACAGUUGUUUCUGGUUCUUCGCAGCUUUCAUGGUGAUUUGCGUGUUUUUCGUUUUCUUUUUAAUUCCGGAGACUAAAGGGAAGACUGUGUCGCAGAUUCAAGCUAUUUUGGGCGGUAGGAAAUAAUUUUUAAAUAUUGCUGGCAGUAUUUAUAGAGAUUUCGUGGUUUAAGAAUAAAACG